AUGUCCGUCUGGAACCCAGACAAUAUCCGCGACGUUGCCGAGUCCGUCGGCAUCGCCAACCUCAACCACGAUGUGACCGAGAACCUGGCCCGCGAUGUCGAAUACCGAGUAGCGCAAGUGUUGGAGGAGGCUCUCAAGUCCAUGCGGCAUGGCAAGCGCACUGUCCUUACGACGCAAGAUAUCUCCCUUGCCCUGCGGGUGCUCGACGUGGAGCCGCUGUACGGCUACGAAUCUAUUCGCCCGCUGCGGUUUGGUGAGGCGUCGCUGGGACCCGGCCAACCGCUUUUCUAUGUUGAGGAUGAGGAGGUGGAUUUUGAAAAAUUGAUUAAUGCGCCCUUGCCCCGGGUACCUCGCGAGGUUUCUUUUACUGCUCAUUGGCUCGCCGUUGAAGGCGUGCAGCCGUCCAUUCCCCAGAACCCAACCGCUGCGGACUCGCGCAACCUCGAGUUGGUGUCAAAGGGCCCCAAUGCAAACUCCACGCUAGCUGCCAUGAGUGGCACGGGCGACGUCGCUGUCAAGCCGUUGGUGAAACAUGUGCUCUCCAAAGAACUGCAGCUGUAUUUCGAGAAAGUCUGCAGUGCUUUUCUGGAUGAGACCAGCGAGGAUUAUCGGACAUCGGGAUAUUCCAGCCUGCGCGAGGAUCCGGGCCUGCACCAGCUGGUGCCGUACUUUGUGCAGUUCAUCGCUGAGAAGGUCACACACAGCCUCAAAAAUAUCUUCGUGCUGACGCAGGUCAUGCAUAUGGCCGAGGCCCUGGUCCAGAACAAGUCCCUCUACGUGGACCCCUAUAUCGCAUCCCUUGUCCCCUCCAUCUUGACCUGUCUGAUCGGCCGCCAACUCGGUGGAGCCACUGACCUGGAUGAGCAAUUCGCCCUGCGCGAUUUGGCAGCCUCGCUGCUCGGCCUCAUUGCGAAAAAAUACUCUCAUUCCUCUCAUAUGCUAAAACCGCGACUGGUACGCUCGUGUCUGAAGAACUUGCUCGACCCUUCCAAGCCGUUCGGCGCCCACUACGGAGCUAUCAUCGGGCUGCACGCUGUGGGGGGUGCGGAGGUGGUGCGCGUGCUCAUCCUUCCCAAUCUGAGCGAGUACUCCAAACUACUCGCUGAUGGCUUGGAGGACAGCGCCCGUCGGCCAGCCGCCGAGCGGGUUCUCGUUGCUCUUCUGGCCGUGCUGGCAUCGCUCAAUGAUGGCCGGCCGUCGUUGACUAAUGGCCACCCCGCCGUUGUCACGGAGGAGCUCCGGUCGCGCCUGGUGGACCAGGUGGGCAAUCUGAUCGCGGACAAGAUCGCGGAGGCAGGACAGGUGCAACUGGCGUAUGUCAUUCUCGAAGUUUAG